UCCGGUGGUAUUCUCUCUACAGUUGACUACAACUUGUUUAAUACACCGGAAGUACAGCAUAAAGGGUCGGCUGCUAUACAACGAGAGGCCGGUAUUCCCACGACAGCCGUCGGCAAAAUUAUUGACCCCUUAUUGGCUGAGAAGUUACUUCAGGAUAACAGUGCGACCCUUAUAUGCAUCGGUAGGGCGUUCCUCAAUAACCCCCACUGGGCUUAUGGUGCAGCCGAUGUACUGGCUAACUCUGAGUCCUUUAAAUAUCCCGAUUCCUACGACUGGUGUAUCGGUUGGAAAGGCUUUUAUAAGUGGAGACAAGACUUACAUAAAGACGAGAAUAAUAAUUAA